AUGGCGGGCUAUGAUAUGCCUGAUGAGGCCAUGGACGUGGCGGUGCUGGAAGGUCUUCGGAGCUUGCGCCUUCGAAAGCGGCGCAUCACUGCGCCCAAGGAAGAUGAAGUGCAACUGCAGAUCAACUGCGUCGGCAUUUGCGGCUCCGAUAUGGCCUACUGGUCGAAGGGUGUGGCUGGGGGCUUUGUGCAGCUGGACUUCUCAGAGGAGGGCCUCAACCAGGGCUACUGUGGUCAGAUGGGGCACGAGUGCUCGGGUACCGUGCGAUCGGUGGGGGCCAAGGUCACUCAUCUUCAGGUGGGUGACCGUGUAGCAUUGGAGCCUGGCGUCCCUUGCUCCGACUGCAAGCUUUGCAGGUCCGGCAGAUACAACCUUUGUCCCAAGAUGCGCUUUAUUGGAUCAGCGGUGAAUCGCGUUCCUGGUGCGCUGUGCCGGAAGUUCAACCACAAGGCCUCCUAUUGCUACAAGCUUCCGCCAAGUGUCAGCCUUCAGGAAGGAGCAAUGUUAGAACCCCUUUGCGUUUCUUUGCAAGCCGUCACCCGAGCCAAGGUGGGCGUGGGCCACCAUGUUUUUGUGAGUGGUGCUGGCCCCAUUGGCCUCAUGACGGCCAUGUGUGCCAAAGCGGCUGGAGCUGCUACUGUAACGAUUACUGACAUGGUAGAUGCCAAGUUGGAGAAGGCCAAAGAAAUUGGUGCAGAUUACACACUCAAAGCCGACAUGCCCGAUUUGCUCUCUGCGCUGGAGAGCUGCAUUGGGGAGAAGUUUGACAUGAGCUUUGAGUGUUGUGGGGUGCCCGCGGCCCUCAACAGCUGCAUACAAGCAACGAUGCCCGGUGGUGUCGUGUGCGUUGUGGCGAACCUGCCACAAAGCAUUCCGCUCGAUUUGCAAGUGGCGGUGAGGCAUGAAGUGGACAUCAUUGGUGUUUAUCGAUAUUGCAACCUGUAUCCCCGAGCACUGGCCUUGGUCUCCAGUGGGAAGAUCAACCUGAAGCCACUGAUUUCCAAGACUUUCCAGCUCGAAGAGGCACAGGCCGCUUUUGAACACUUCGCCUCUGGUGAGCCCAUCAAGGUGAUUAUCCAGCCCAGUGCGCCCGAGCAAUUAGUCUGA